GCAAUGAAAUGAAAGAAGAAAUAAUUGAGCAUGAAGAUGUGCAAUAUUUGGACGAAACUCUGGAUAUUGAUAUAUUUGAUAACAAUGAAGAGGAAAUCAGCAUAACUAUAACAAGGGAAACGGAAACUGUGAAGAAUAAACUAAAAGCAAAUUCAGAUUCUAGACGUCGAAAAAUAGUUGGAUCAAAACAAAAGUAUAACUGUACAAUGUGUCCUAAGAAAUUCCUUAAGGCGCAAACACUGAAAGCUCAUGUGAAGAGUGAGCAUUGGGUGCCGCUGUCUCACUCCUGCCGUCACUGCAAGAAGUCAUUCUCUACGGAACAUGACUUGCAACUACAUUUGCCUAUACAUUCCAAAAGUGAUCCAUUGACUUGUAUUCAAUGUCACAAACAAUUUAAUUUCAGGAGACAGUUGAAACGUCACAUAGAGCGGCACAUGGAGGUGAAGCGACACGCGUGCGCGGCGUGCGGCAAGAUGUUCUCCGAACUGUACUCCCUGCGCAGGCACGAGCGUGUGCACACAGGCGAAGUGCUGCACAAGCCAUACGCCUGCCAACACUGCGACAAACGGUUUAGAUACCGCGCGUUGCUGAGUGCGCACAUGGCGCAGCACAGCGGAGCGCGGCCGUGCGCGUGCGCAGCGUGCGGCAAGACCUUCGCCUCGGAGCGUCUGCUCGCCUCGCACAGCCUCGUGCAUCUCGACCACAAGCCUCACAAGUGCCACUACUGCGAUAAAACUUUCCGUCACGAGUCGACGCGCAAUACGCACCACCGCACGCACACAGGAGAGCGGCCGCACGUUUGCGCGCGAUGUGGCAACACCUUUAUACAGCGAUCCAACCUCGUGCGACACAUGCGCGUUCACACCGGGGAGAAGCCGUACACUUGUCAAGUGUGCGAGCGCAAGUUCGGCUGCGGAUCAUCUUUGAAGAACCACAUGAGCAUUCAUACCGGAGAUAAGCCCUACCAGUGCAAAGUGUGCAACAAGAGGUUUGCACGCAGCAACAUGCGGCUGCACAUGGCGAUGCACACCGGCGAGCGGCCGCACGAGUGCGCGGCGUGCGGCAAGCGCUUCGUGCGGCUGUGGGCACUGCGCGAGCACAGCCGCAUGCACACAGGUGAAAAGCCAUUUGAAUGCGCGAUAUGUAACCAAAAGUUUGCUAGCAAAGUACAACUGAUGAGACAUUUUAAAAUACAUGAAAAAGGUAAGAAAGCAAUUAAAAAAGAAGUUAUCGUUCAAAAACCGGAAAUACCAAAACCCUACGUAUUACCUGACAAAAUAGUAUUUUCUGAUGAUAAAACUGAAUCUAAUGAAAAUCAAGAAACUUAUAAGAAUUUACAAAAUGAUUUAAACACUGAAUCAAAAAUUAUUAGUCCCGACGAUAUGCCAUUAGCAACACAAGAAGUGGUACUACAAGAUAAUGAUGAUAAAAUGGUAGUAAUGCAAAACACACAAAUUAGUCAAAAAAUAACUAAUACAAGAGAUAGGAUCGUCGGUGAAAGUUUAAAAAGUAAAAUACAUUAUAUAGAAAUGACAGCAAAUGGACCAAAUAUUUCUUCAGCUAUUUUAGAGGAUGGAGGAAUAAAACUUUACCAAUUAGAGCAAACACGCAAAUUCAUACACAGUACUGGUAAAGAGUUAACUGUUCGCAAAGUUACCAGCAAGAAUACCAACUCUUAACACAUUUUGUGCCACUAUUUUUGUGAAGUUAAUUUACAGUCAGCAUUGCAUGUGUUAUAUUAUGUAUUAUAUCAAUUGUUAGAGGUGAAAAUAAAUUUAUUUUUAUUUA